AUGGGACGCAAGAUGAGUGAUUGGCUGAAGAGAUGGGGUCAGGCAGGAUCGAGUAAUGUUGAGGAGCGCAACAGUGGAGUUUUGUUGAUAUCCUCGGGAAGUUCUAGUGAUGAUAGUUCGAGUAAGAAGUCUAAUGACUCGGACUAUGUGGAGGUGGCUGUGACGGACACGUCUGUGGAGACGGAUCCGAGUGAAGGACAGUUUGAUUCAGCUGUCUAUACUGAGUGGGACCAUUUCACAAGUCUUGAGAUUGGAGGAAGUGUGGAGGCAGACGUGCCAACACCCUAUGGAGCAACGGGAUUGGUGUACACCCAAGAUAUGGUGGCCAUACCAACGAGACAUGAAGGAGUGGAGAUCUUAGUUCCAUCAACGGAGAUAAUUGAGAUAUCUUCCGAUGAUACUUUGACUAACUCAUGGGAUGGAGAGAGUUCGCAUCAGACAUCGCGGGAGAUACCUAUACCGCAUGUUUUCAUGCCAGGAUAUGGGUACACUCCAUACAUACCGCCGAAGUCAAGUGAAAGUCUCUCGGAGUAUGUGCAUCCGAUUUUUCAGACUGGACCAGUGGAGGGAGAAGUGAACCCAGCGAUGCAAAUCAGUGAGGAAAGGUUGGACUUGUACGGUCAACCAUUUGCUGAUUCAAGCUCGGAAUACAAUGCGAGCUAUGGAGGAAACACCUAUGAACAAGGAGGAACGAGCGCACCAAGUUUUGGUCUACCAGAAGAAAGAAUUCCAUAUGAAGGGAAGCCUUGGGUUAAUCUUAACUCGGAGGCAACUGUGGAGAAUCUUUGGUGGGACUUGGAGCGUGAUGCAGAGCGUGGAGGACCAAUUGAACCAGAAAGAGAUAGUGCAGCAGAGCUAGAGACGUUUGUGAGGUACCAUUGUGAGAUUCUUGAGGCUCACGAGAGGAACCAAAAUGAAGUAAUGGCGGACCAAGUUCCGGUGACAAACCAGAACGUUGGAGUUGUGGAGGAACAAGUUCAGGGUGAGAAUCUGAACAAUGUUUUGGAAGUGAAUCAAGUUGAGACGAGAAACCAACUGGUGGAGGAGAACCCAAAUCAAGUGAAUGACAGCCGUGUUGUGGAGGAACAUCGUGACGACGAUGUGGAGGUAAACCAAUGCCGUGAGGAGACAGUGGCUGAGAAUGAGAUUCCAAGAGCUGUGGAGAUAGGAAGUAUUCAGGAAGAAGGCCUGGAGGGAGACUUCGUUUUAGAGCUCAAGCGAGAAAGAGAGUUCCAAUUCCGGCAAGGGCAUCCAUGCCUUGUCGUGUUUGUGGAGGAUUUGGGCAUUUCACUCAUGUGUACCCAAAUGAAAGGUCGAGAAGAGCAAUGCGGAGGGAACCACCCACGUGUUAUAGAUGUGGAGUGCAAGGGCACUAUGACCUGGUGUGAGAUGAGGAGAUUUGACCAAUGGACUUCAUGGAGAGGAGCUAGAAGUCAAAUAAAACAUUUGGAUCGAAGAAAAUCGGGAAACGAACGAGAAGAAAACAAGAUAGACAAAGUUGAGCGCAUACGGACGAACGCGGAGUAUCGAGGCUGCCUUGUCCGGAACACGAAAAAUGGAACGUUGUGGGAUUGA